AUGGCGGAGGAACAGUUGCUACCCAUUUUUAUCGACUUAGAUGGUCCAGAGAGUAUAACAAUAAUUCCACAGCUGCCUGAUGAGGGUUUAGAUGUUCAUGAAGGGAAAACAUUUGGUCCGUAUAACUGUUCAGCUGAUUGUAAUCCACCUUGUACCGUACAAUGGAAGUACAAAAGUCCGUUAGGCGAAUAUAGAAAUGCAUCAUCCAUUGGCAUAUCUUCAACUCUAUUACCACAGCAAACAGCAAACAGAGUCAAUAUGACAUUGAUUCGAUGUAUAGUUACUGGAAGUGAAGGUCGCUCUGUAUCAAAUAUUAAGUUGAACGUUCAGUAUUUAUUGGACUCAAGAGUAUAUAUGAAUGGCAAACCUAAAAAUGCAUUAACCAUUAAUGAAACAAAUCCAGUUCAUCUGUCGUGUUUUGUCGAUGGAAAUCCUACUCCAGAGGUCACCCUCCGCAGACUCACUGGGAACCAGAUCCUUAUGCACAUUAUAAAUCAUUGGUUAAACUACACAUUAAACAUGGCUCAGUGCUCUGACACAGGUACUUUCGAAUGUGUCGGAAAAUCCACUGAGUUUGGGAGAAGGAAUCAGUCCUUCAGUGUUAAUGUUCUCUGUGAUCCUCGACUUGAUGAAUUUACUUUAGUGAAAAACAUCUAUGGAUCAAGAAGUGGUCCGGAUGUAAAAGUUGUUGUAAGUUUACCAGUUGUUGCGAAUCCCCUAUCAUCUACAUCAGGGUUCGCUUGGUCUGGACCUUCAUCUGAGUCUAUAUCGAUUAAAGUUUCACAAAGAGAUAAAGUAAUCUACAAACACUGGAUCAAUAGCACCAUCCCUGUUCCUGAUCGGAGGUCUUUCGGAAGCUAUUCACUGAUGUAUAAAGAAAAAGUCAUAGCUGAUAUAACAAUCAAAGCCGAAGAUAAACCCCAACCACCUUUGAACUUUUCAUGGUAUUCCUACGCUAGUGGAUACAUCAACCUUACCUGGAUAUCAGACUUUAAUGGAGGACUAGAACAAAUCUUUAUCUUGUCCAGCAAAGAGGGGCCCGACUGGAGAGUUGUUAAUAAUGUGACAGACCCUGGUGAAGGUAAUAUUGGAUACUAUGACCUUGGACCUUUAACCUCAGGACUGCAGUACUGGUAUCGACUGGAGAGUUGUAAUAGAAUCAGUUGUUCUUCAAGCCCUGCAGAAGUAAACGUCACAGUACAAGGUGUAAGUAUCGAUUCUAGAGAACCCCUUGCCAAGGAGAUCUGGAUUGUUGUUGGAGUCGUCGCUGGUUUAUCUGUUUUCUUGCUGAUGAACUUUAUUGUUUAUAAGUUCGCACUUCAUCGAGGAAUACGAUUAGGCUUGAUGGUUCAGCCACCACAACCAGCUCACCUUAGAACCAUGGAUUUCCUAAACCUUGACAACAUGGAGGAAGGUACUGAGAACACAGAGCAAACACGAUCAAUGACAGAUCUUCCGACUUUCAGAGGCCAUACUGAAAACCAAUAUGCAGAGUUGAAACCUCAUCAAACAAGAAUAAAUGAUGUAGAAAUCACCAGGGAUUCUACAUCUAAAUGGGAGCGAGUUUCUGAUGACCAAUUCACAGUGGAAAAUGUCUUGCAAUAUAAAGUUGUGAAGAUUAGGGUACGGGAGUAUAUCUCUAAUACUCAUGUGGAUUACAACAAGACAUACAACAUCAACACAGUGCAAUCUAAAGAAGGAGAAGCAAGAAACAUUUCAUGGACAGCUGACUAUUUUCCGCAAAGUGGACUUUACUUCAUAUUUCAUGUCUAUAAGGGUUCAGCCUCAACAAUAUUACGGAUAUCUAACGCUGGUCCGGCAUCACCAUCAAAAAAGUAUGUAUAUCAUACCCGACCUUUUAAUUCUACAAAGAUACUUUUCGAGGUGAGAAAUAUAACGGUAAAAGAUGCCGGAUAUUACGUAGGAAGUCCUACAGAGGCAAAUGCUUGGUCAGAAGGAAGAGGAAUUGUUCUCGUAGUUUCAGGAAAGCCAGAAAAACCUAUUAUAACUGGAGACCAAGACGUUAAGGUGAGGUACAACGCCUUCUUAAAAUGUGAAAGUAAAUCUACGUCUGCCCCUGACUAUUACAAGAAUUUUCCUCCAUUAUCAUAUUUAUGGUUUGUCAACAACACCAAGCUAGACAGAGAGGAUAGAGAGACCUACAGCUUUACUGUCACCAAAGAUGUUAAAUACAACCGAUAUAGCUGUCAGGCAAAAGAAACUCUUGAAUCAGAGAGAAGUGAAGAAAUUCGAAUAAACCCAUUAUAUGGUCCAGAAAGAGUUGUAAUAAUCCCCCAGCCGCCUGAUGAAGGGUUAAAUGUUCAUGACCGGGAAACAUUUGGUCCAUACACCUGUUCAGCUGACUGUAAUCCACCAUGUACCCUACAAUGGAAAUUUAAAACUUUGUCAGACGAUUUCAAAAACGCUACAUCCAUUGGCGACUCUUCAAUUACUUUACCAGAGCAAACGGCAAAUAGAUCUAGUAUGGCAUCAAUUCGAUGUGUAGCAAACGGCAAAGAGGGUCGCAAACCAUUAAUCAUCAAGCUAAACAUUCAGUACUUAUUGGUUCCUAAAGUAUAUUUAAAUGGGAGCCUACAAAAUGCCUUAACUGUGAAGGAAAGAAAUCCUCUGCUUCUGUCGUGUUUUGUGGAUGGAAAUCCUACUCCAGAAGUCACUCUCCGAAAACUCACCAGUAACGGCAUCCUUCAGCAAACAGUCAGUUCCUGGUUAAACUACACCCCGAACAGAGAAGCCCAAUGUUCUGACACAGACAUAUACAUCUGUGAGGGACACUCUUCUGAGUUUGGAAGCAAGAAUCAGUCAUUCAGUAUCGAAGUUCUCUGUGAACCUCGGCUUGAUGAAUCCGUAUCACCAAGAAAUAACUAUGGGUCCAGGAUUGGGCCGGAUAUUAAAGUUUUUGUGAGUUUGCCUGUCAUCGCUAAUCCUUUAACAUCCUCAAAAGGGUUGGCUUGGUUAGGACCGACACUACAACCAAUAGAGACUAAAAUCUCACAAAGAGAUAACGUUAUUUACAAACACUGGAUCAACAGCACCAUCCCUAUACCGGAUCAGGGAUCCUUUGGAAACUACUCACUGAUUUAUAAAGGAAAAACUAUCGCUGACAUUACAAUUAACGCCGAAGAUAAACCUCAGCCACCUUUGAACUUCACGGGAUAUUCCUACGCUACCGGAUACAUCAAUCUUACCUGGUUAUCAAACUUUAAUGGAGGACCAGAACAAUUUUUUAUCUUAUCAGUUAAAGAGGGCUUUAAUUGGGCAAUUGUUAAAAAUCUGACAGACCCUGGGGAAGGGAAUAUAGGAUAUAUUGACCAAGGACCUUUAAUCUCAGGAAAACAAUACUGGUAUCGGCUGGACAGCUGUAAUAGAAUCGACUGUUCUUCAAGACCUGCUGAAGUAAAAGUCACAGUUCGAGCUUUAUCCAGUUCAUUGUCCAAGUCAAACGACACAGCAAUCGUGAUUGGUGCUUCUGUGGCUAUUUUUGUCUUUGUUGUUGUACUGGCUAUUAUAGUGGCGGUAUAUUUAGUAAAAAAGAAAGCCCAGCAGAGAGAAAAAAAUGAAAAACGAUUGAGUGAAUGUAAGCAAGAUUUAUAA